AUGGAUGAUACUGCAUUAGAAAGUGACGAAGACAUCUUGGAUUAUAAUGGUGAAUUCAACAAUAGUACGCCUUGUAAAGAUCCUUCAAAAUGUGAAAAUGAAAUUAUUGGUAUUGAUUCAUUAACGAAAUGUUUUGAACAACGUUACGAUGCUUGUCCUUUAUUCUUCAGGGGCUCUCUUCAAGAUGCAUGUCAAGAAGCUUUUAAUCCGAUUGUAAUUCAAGAAUCCUUUGAUUUUGUUGGAUCGAAUGGUCUUUGUUGGGAAAUCAUUCUUGAAGUAAUCAAAUAUCUUUCAUUAAAUGAUGCCAUUUCUGCAUUUUCUACUAACAUUCUUUCUUUAUUAAACAAUCAUUCAAUAAAAUUUCAAUUAUCUAAUCCUGAUAUUCCAUUUAUUAAAAUGAUUCUUCGAAAACUCAAACCUGAACAAAUUGUUUCUUUACAACUCAAUGGAGUUCGAAUAUGGUCAGAGACUGGAUUAACGUUUUUAUCUGUCUUCAAAGACGUCAUUUCAAUGAAUCUUCUCAAUUUACCAUAUAAUAGUGAAAUCAAUAAAUAUGAAAAAUACUUUCCAAAUUUGACUUGUCUUUCCCUUUGCUAUGAUAAUGAAGUAAAUCUUAAUACAUUUAGUAGCGUAUUCAAUCAACUUUGGUAUCGAAUCACACGAUUUGAAAUUCGUUGUGCAGGUACACUUUGUACUCAUUAUACCAUAUAUCAAUCAAAGGGACCCUACAGAGUAAAUUUUGACGUGAAAUAUUUUCUAUUUGACGUUGGUCAAUUUCCAUUGAUUUCGAUGAGCAAUUAUCUUGGUUAUUAUAAAUCAUAUUGUUUGAAAUCAAUAAUUAUUCUUAUUAAACAAAUGAAGAACACUCGAUAUGUUCAUUUAAUCAUCAAUAAAUACGAUAUUGAACUAUUCUUGGAUAUACAUGAAUGGAAGAUUCUCGUAAAUGAAUGUUCUUAUUUGAAGAAUAUAAAAUUACAAAUAUUAGAAAGUAUGUUUCAAGAUAACGCAUUAACACAAAAAGUAUUCGAAAUUCAAACAGCAUUGCGUAAUAUACGACAACCAAUCAAUUUUCAAAUUUUCGCUUUGUGA